UCCAUUUGUCUACUUCGGCCAGGCCCAAAUUUGUAACACGGUUUCGUAAAAAAGGCUAUGCAAGUGUGAAAUACAGAGUAUCUUCUUCAACCUAAUUUCAGUUUUCUGGCAGAAAACUUUGAUACAAUUAGCAAGUUUGCUUGGGAAACGUGAAUAUUAGAUUGAAAUCUCGUUUCCCAUUCGUAUCUGGGAUGAAUUCAGUUUCAAAUACGUCUCUAUUCUUCUGAAACGGUUUUGGCGCGUUCCGAAACGCGUUUCCCGGUUUCCCCCUUCCAGGACGUUUCGGAAACGGUACGUCGUGAUUUUUUGGCAUUUCCGUGCACCAUAGCUGGAUGAAUUGGUGGCUGGUCAGAGGUUUUGGGCUUUCCUGUAAGGGUCAAAAGGGAUAUAAUUACUUGCAGAAAUUUAGUCUUGUAAACAUAAAGCUGAAAUGGGUUAAAGAUAAGACACUUGAUUCAGCUGUUGCGGGUCAGAAGGACCUUAAGGCGGCUUGCACCCUUAUUUCCGUCAUUUUCUCUGAUUCCGAGGGCUGUGUUCCAAUCUAUCGUCUUAGGCGCCACCGUAGACAGCUUGGAAUCCCUGAUGAACUCAAGCUGUCUACCUUUGUAAGGAGAUACCCGACUAUCUUUCAUGAGUCUUCUUUUCUUGAUAGUGGAGGUACACCUGUCCCCUUAUUUAGCUUGACCCCUGGAGCAUUGAGUCUACAUGAGGAAGAACUUAGAAUUUUUCAGGAAAAUCAGUUGGAUAUAGUUAACAGGCUACAAAAGCUGCUGAUGCUCGUCAAGGAUAUUACUCUUCCGUUACAGACGAUUGACCAGUUAAAAUGGGACCUUGGUUUACCCUAUGAUUACCAUCAGUCUCUGAUUUCCCACUUUCCUGAACUUUUCUCUGUCGUCAACCUUGAAGAUGAUCGUGUUGGUUUAAAGCUGAUGUCAUGGGAUAAUCACCUCGUAGUUUCUCAUUUGCAGAAGAAUUUUGAUCUGUCAGGAAAAAAUGAAGGUGUGUCUGAUGAUUGUCUAGCUUUUCCUAUUGGAUUCCCUCGGGGGUAUGGUUUGAAAAGGAAGUGCAUGGAAUGGUUAGAAGAGUGGCAGGGACUCCCUUAUACUUCCCCGUACAGUGAUGCUUCUCACUUGGAUCCCCGUACAGAUGUUGCUGAGAAACGGAUAGUUGGGGUGUUUCAUGAGCUUUUACACCUCACAAUUCUAAAACAAACUGAACGCAAAAAUGUUAGCAACCUUCGAAAGCCUUUGCACUUGCCUCAAAAGUUCACUAAGGUUUUUGAACGCCAUCCCAGCAUCUUCUAUAUUUCUAAGAAAAGUGAUACGCAGACAGUUAUUCUUAGGGAAUCCUACAAUGGAUCUGAGCUUCUUGAGAAGCAUCCGCUUGUAGAAAUCAGGCGUCAGUAUGCUGAAAUGAUGAAACAGGGCUUCUUGGAUAGAAGUCGGGGCUUAUAUCGUGAAGCUAAGGGUAUAGAUAUUGAACAAGAACAAGGGUUUGAGUGAAGUUGAUAGCAAUCAUUUAGGAAACCCUAAACUUACUCUUGGACAUUGAUAAGUGAUGACAUUGUGCAUGGAAUACAGCUGCUAUCAGUAGCCUCAUCGGUGAAAUGCUGCUGGCCAGAGGCAUUUCCGAAGUCUAAAUUUUCUCUGCCCUCUGUUCCAUUGUGGAGGUAAAUCCCCAACUUCCCUACUUGGUUAGAUGUUUUGGUUUUAGUGAACAUGUCAAUUUGAUUAAAUACUUAUAUAUAUGUGAAUUGAGAAGCCAUCCUGCUAAAAAGGAUGCAACUUUACAAUCCUGAGAUAUUGGUACUCCGUAAGUGAUAAGAGGUUAAUGAAUGGCAUUAGCUUGGCACAUAAUUUGUUCAAUGUCAAGAUAUUCUCAAGGGUUUUGAAAGUUCAACAGAGAAUGGUUCUGUGCUAUCCAACUGUAACUCGUGGCAUAAGAACAUCCAAAUAGUUCAAGAUUUAUGCAUCUAAACAAUGUGAGAAAUUAUCUUCCUAACAUCUUGCGGAUUACUGAGUUGACAAUCUCAGAACUGUUCCACGGGAUUCACUCAGUUUUUUUCGAAAUUGCAGGCUUGUUUUUGUAUAACUGGGGGAAUCAGAUAAUAAUCCUGAAGUGAUUUACUGAUUACAAAAGGAUGGUAGCACUGAAUUGGUUAACCUGAAGUCCCACGGAAAGCUUCUAGGAGAAGAGAUGUGGACCAAAUUAGAGAUGCAGGAAAAUUGCUUUGUAAUCAUAAAAUAGGAUAUCAAUGAUAAGGUUUGUUCGCCCCCCCCAUUAGAAAAUAAAUCUAAGUCACUCCAGAAUGGCCUAUUGACAAAGGCUCCACUUCUGUCAAGUGAAUACAGAGAACUGCUGGAAACUACAGAUGCAGCUGACAACGCUGUAAGAAACCGAAAAAGAAUUGUGCUCUCUAUAUUAGAACUUCUGAUAUGUACAUUGAGAUAGUAUAUUACUCCUAGUUUUGUUAAUGUAUAACAGACAACUUUUGUUCAUCUAAUAAUGAUGUAGAGGAGAUUUUUCUCAUUC